AUGGCUCUCGUCGCUCUCUCCGCCGCCUCCACCGCCCGCGCCGUGCUCGCGUCGCUGGCCCCCAGGGCAGCCAGCAGGGGCUACGCGGCGUCGGCGGCGUCGGGGGCCAUGAGGCGCGCGGCAGCCGCGGCGGAGGGCGCGGCUGGCACGGGCGAGGCCAAGGAGGCCGGCAGGCGCGCCGGCGCCGCCGCCGGCGAGAUCUCGUGGGUGCCCGACCCCGUCACGGGCGACUACCGCCCCGCUAACUGGGCCGCCGCCGCCGACCCCGCCGACCUCCGCGCCGCGCACCUCGCCCGGGCCUGA